AUGUUUUCCAUAUCCAUGGAGGUGUCUGAAGACGCUUCUCGCGAUGGCAACCUCGACAGGGCGGCCGUCGAAACCCAGCCUGACGGCUCGAGCUCGAAGAUCGAGUUCAGCCUGGGCAACCCGCGCGUGGAGCACGUGACGGGCGUGAUUCACCUCUACCGCCAAGUGGAGGCGUAUGACGGGACGGAAGGGGCGUCUGAGGAGGUGGUAGUGGCGGGGAGGUGCUGUCGACUGUGCGUGUUGGCUGUGCCUGCCGAUGUGGGUGUGAAGGACUUCUGCACUUUUUGUGGGGCCUACCUCCAGUACAUAAAGGAGAUGAUUUUUUUGAGGAAGGGGACAGGGAGGAACACGGCAUACAUGGUGUACCUCCGUUUUGACACUGAAGACUCCGCUGAGAGCUUCUUUUCAGAAUACAACCGCAAACCGUAUUCGCUUUUGGAGAAGGAAGUUGUCUGGAAGCUGGUGUAUGUUCGCGAGUUGGAGUUCCACACUGAGGGUGCAGCACACCCCCGUGCAGGGGAGACCGAGCUGCCGACCUGCCCUGUGUGCUUGGAGCGACUUGAUCAGCACAUCAGUGGCGUUGUGACAACAGUUUGCAACCACCAAUUCCACAACGAGUGCCUGAUGAAGUGGGGCGACGUGACUUGCCCAGUGUGUCGUUAUUGCAUGCAAAGAACAUCGGGCACCACACGAUGCAGCAUCUGCGGGGCUGAUGAAGAUCUGUGGAUCUGUCUCAUUUGUGGAAAAGUCGGCUGCGGGAGGUACAAGAGCGGACACGCCAUAGACCACUGGAAGCAGUCCCAGCACUGCUAUGCGCUAUGUGUGGAAAGCCAAAGGGUGUGGGACUAUGUCCGUGAUGGUUAUGUGCAUCGACUGAUACGUUCGAAAACAGGCGGCAAGCUCAUCGAAGUGCCAACACCUGGGGCAGAAGGGGAAGGCUCUGGUGGGACCGGAUCAUCCGCAGGGUGCACAAAAGGGAAUGAGGCUAAAUACGACGAAGAAGGCGAUGCCAUGGUUGCCAGCAAGUUAGACGCCAUCGCCUUCGAGUACAAUCACCUGCUCACUGCCCAAUUGGAGAGUCAAAGGCAGUACUUUGAGGAUCUGCUGUGCAAAAUGGAGGCUGAGGCGGAGCGGCGAUGCCAAUCUGCCAGCGAAGCAGCUGUGAGGUCGAGCUCAAGGUCAGUUGAAGAAUCUAAAGGGCAAGCCAAGGACGCCAUGAAACAGUGCAAGAUGGCACAAAAAAAGAUGGCGGAGAUGUCCAGCGAGUUGAGCAAGCUGAAAGAGGAGAAAGAAUUUCUUCGGAAUUUGAAUGAAACACUCCUGAUGAACCAGAAAGAAUGGAGAGACAAGUCUAGAAACCUGGAAGAGCAACUGCAGCAGGUCAAGCAGGAAAAAGAUGCAGUCAUUAAGGAUUUAGAAGAUCAAGCACGAGAUCUGAUUAUGUUCAUCGAGUCCCAGAAAGUCAUUUCCGAGAAUGGGGAGGACCUGCAAGGUGGUUCACUGCUUGCAUUGCCAGAAGGGCAGAGGCCAGUGAUUUCAAGGGGCAGGAGAGGCGCACGACGUCAGCGCUCGUGA